UUGUCAGAAGGAAUUGAAAGCUGCGCAAGAAAAAGCCUAUGAUAAACUAACACCAGAAGUGAAAAAAUUGAUCAUGUUACAAGACGAACAGAAAGCGUGUGAAAUAUCACUGGAUAAAUUAGAAUUUGAGAAGGUUGAUGGGACCCUGAAAAAAAAAGAGAAGCUACUUACUGAAAGGGAAAAAGAACAAACCUCUUGCCAAGCAAGACUGAAAGCUGCGAAAGAAGGAAAAGAACCAGACCAAGCAGAUGAAGCCAAACCAAGAGAGGAAAAGAAACCGGUGGAUGUAAAGAAGAAAGAAAUAGAAGAGUGUAAACAGCUCACAGUCCUGGCAGAGCAAGAGGUUGUUGCAGAGGACGAGGACACAGCAAAAUUAAAAACAGAAAGUGCAGGGACAGAACUGGAAGAGUGUAAAACAAAACUAAAGGAAGCAGAGGAUGUUAAAAUUAAACAAACUGCGGAAUUAGAGGAAGCAAAACAAAGCUUGAAAACUACAGAGGACUCAAUUGAAAAGAAAGAUAAAGAAAGAGACACUUGUGAAGAAGAGAUAAAAGCAGCAAAACUAACCAAAUGUCAGAUGGAUCUAAAAGCAGCAGAAAAAGACGACAAUAAUGUGAAAGCUUUAGAAGAGGAUCUGGAGAAGAAGAAAGCAGAUCUGGCUGAUUGUCAGAAAGAAUUGAAAGCUGCGCAAGAAAAAGCCUAUGAUAAACUAACACCAGAAGUGAAAAAACUGAUCAUGUUACAAGACGAACGGAAAGCGUGUGAAAUGACACUGGAUAAAUUAGAAAAGGCGAAUAUGAAGAAAUUGAAAGAAUUUAGGAAAGUUGAUGGGUACUUGGAAGAAAAAAAGAAACUACUUACUGAAAGAGAAAAAGAACAAACCUCUUGCCAAGCAAGGCUGAACGCUGCGAAAGAAGGAAAAGAACCAGACCAAGCAGAUGAAGCCAAACCAAGAGAGGAAAAGAAACCGGUGGAUGUAAAGAAGAAAGAAAUAGAAGAGUGUAAAAAGCUCACAGUCCUGGCAGAGCAAGAGGUUGUUGCAGAGGACGAGGACACAGCAAAAUUAAAAACAGAAAGUGCAGGGACAGAACUGGAAGAGUGUAAAACGAAACUAAAGGAAGCAGAAUUAGAGGAAGCAAAACAAAGCUUGAAAACUACAGAGGAAUCAAUUGAUAAGAAAGAUAAAGAACUAAAAGAGUUGAAAGAAAGGCUGAAGAAAGGCAACGACAAAAAUAUAAAAGCUUUAGAAGAGGUUCUGGAGAAGAAGAAAGCAGAACUGGCUGAUUGUCAGAAAGAAUUGAAAGCUGCGCAAAAGGCGAACAGGAAGAAGUUCAAAGAGCUAACCACUUGCCAGAAAAGACUAAAAGCUGCGAAAGAAGGAAAAGAACCAGACAAAGCAGAUGAAGCCAAACCAAGAGAGGAAAAGAAACCGGUGGAUGUAAAGAAGAAAGAAAUAGAAGAGUGUAAAAAGCUCACAGUCCUGGCAGAGCAAGAGGUUGUUGCAGAGGACGAGGACACAGCAAAACUAACCAAAUGCCAGACAGAUCUCAAGGAAGCAGAACUCGCUGAGUGUGAAAAGCAGAUUCGUGCUGAAACAAUGGACGUAAUCAAAUUAGAGCAAGAUUUAGACGAGUGUUUACUGGCCCUCACAGACGCCCAAAAGGCACGAUUAGAAACAGUAUUGGAAGAAUGUAAUUCAAGUUUAGCAAAAGCAGAUUUAACUGCCGCCAAAGAAGAAUUGCAGACAAUAGAUCAAGUCACCUGUGAAGAGGAUAUAAAAGAAGCUAAGCUAAAAAAAUGCCAGGUGGAUCUGAAAAAAGCAGAAUUCAAAAAGCUGAAAACAGGAAGUAAUCAGUUGAAGAAGAAAAAGGAAGGAAAGAAAGUGUAUGAAAACCUAUCUGAAGCAGGAAAAAUAAAGAAGAAGGUUGAUAAAGUCUGUCGAGCUUUGCGUUUCACUGGCGAGUCUGGGAGCCAUUUAACACACAGUAACACGCUGGAAAAUCUGACUUCUGCAGAGGAAGGGAAAGAGCCAAACAAAGAGGAUGCAGCUACAGCUAAGUUUCAGAAAACUCAGAGGCUCAAACUCAUAGAAAAAGAUAAGAUCAAUGCUCUCAGUAAGAAUCACCUUCGUUUUCGUGAAAUGUUUCUUUCGUUACAGCUGGGAGAGAUUGAGGACUGCAAAGAGGAUCAAAAAAUUGGUGGUAGUUGGUAUUUUGUGCACAGUGACAUCCUCAUCGUGCUCGUCAUGAAGCGAGCUAAUGGAUCAUUCCAGCCUGAAACCAAUGAUGGCAUUCGUAAGAAAAUAAAAGUUCAUUCCUGUCCUACAGAGUUUAGCAGCACAAUCCAUUCAGUGAUUGAUUGCCAACAUUGA